UCACCGGCUCCCAUUGGGAUGUUCUUGGUAAGCGUGAUGCUUGCUGGCAAAACCCGGGCUCCGGAGGAGGGGUAAACGGCGGGGCUUCCGACUGAAUAUCCCCGCAACUACUCCGUACAUACAACGUUAACGUUAAAUGCAUGCGGGACCGGCGCCAUUGACCCCGCGACACCAUUUGGGUUGUUCCAAAGGGAAAGUGGACCAGAUGCUCUGACGGCUUUAAAGAACUACCAGACUUCGUCUCAGACCCGAAGUUUGGGGUUUCCUUCAGACGCAAGGGAAAAACAGAAAAACUAGUAAAGAGAAAGAGAGGGAAGAAAGAGAGAAGAAAAAGGAGAAAACAAAGCUUUUCACAAAACAUCAUGUCGAAACCGGACAACCUCCCCGAGAUGGAAUACCGGUUCCUGGGGCGGUCGGGACUUCAGGUUUCGGCCAUCUCCCUCGGCGGUUGGCUUACCUACGGCGGGCACGUCGACCGCGAGGGGACAUUUGCCUGCAUGAAGGCCGCAUAUGACUGUGGCAUUAAUUUCUUUGACUGCGCCGAGACGUAUGCCGACGGCGAGUCUGAAAAAGUCAUGGGUGAGGCCAUCAAGAAGUUUGGCUGGAAGAGGAACGACAUUGUCAUCUCUACCAAGCUUUACUGGGGCGACGCUUUCAGCGACCGGAAAGUCAACAACCGUGGGUUGUCACGAAAGCACAUCAUCGAGGGCAUGAACCAGUCUCUCGAGAGACUCCAGCUGGAGUAUGUCGACCUGAUCUACGCUCACCGCCCCGACAGGCACACGCCCAUGGAGGAGACGGUGCGCGCCUUCAACCACCUGAUCAACACGGGUAAGGCGCUGUACUGGGGGACCUCGGAGUGGAACGCGGAUGAGAUUGCUCAGGCGUGGCGGUACGCCGACAAGCUGGGUCUGAUUGGGCCCGUGAUGGAACAACCACGGUACAACAUGUUGGAGCGAGUCCAGGUUGAGAGGGAGUACGCGCACCUGUACCGCGAGGUCGGCCUAGGUUUGACCGUCUUCUCGCCCAUGCGGCAAGGCAUUUUGUCGGGCAAGUACAAAAACGGGAUCCCGGACAACUCUCGCUUCGCGCAGACGAAGGUCGAGUUCAUCGCCGGGUUCUGGAAGCAAACGGGCAAGGCCGAGUUCCAGGCCAUGGCCGACACGGUCAGCAAGCUGGAGCCGAUCGCCGAGAGGCUGGGCAUCAAGCAGAGCGUGCUGGCCCUGGCGUGGGUGUUGGCCAACCCCAACGUCAGCUCGGCCAUCACCGGCGCCAGCAGCCCGGAGCAGGUCUAUGAGAACGUCGAGGCGGUGCGGGCGUAUAAGAAGCUGACGCCCGAGAUCAUGAAGGAAAUUGAUGACAUCCUCAACAACAAGCCGCCGUCGGUGACGAUGAGGUACUAAGGAGAGGAGAAGAAAUGGGCUAGGAAAACCCGGAUGAACGGUUAUGUAACAGACUCUAGUGUGCGUGCAACCACACCACCAUUAGCAUCUAUAGUAUGGUGGUGGUACCAGAACUUUUGAUAACCGAUUCGUACCACAUCAGGCG